CAUAGAUCUUUCCGAGAAGUACAACGUAGUUAAUUUUUUUUUUUUUUUUAUGGUUUAAAAAAUCUCGGGUAGCAGACGAGAGUCGCCAGCAAUCAUAUCAACAGUAUACAGACGAAAAGCGAAGUGUUAAAGUGUCCUUGUUCCGCUAUUGAAGUAAAAUAAGUUACAUUCUCAUUAUUAAUUUUAUCUAAUUAAAAAAAAAAAAAAAAUGGGGCAUGCUCAAAAAACAGAUUUUAAUUUUGAUCCAUUGAUUGAAGAUAAUUAUGAAGUUUGGAAAGUGAAAGUUAAAGAUUUACUAACAAAAAUGAAUUUAUGGAAAUACGCUGAUAAAAAUUCACCGUCAAAAUUAUCUGAUACCGAUUCGGCGGAAUGGGAAAUAAAUAAUAAUACUGCGAAAUCAAUAAUUAUGCUCACUAUUACCAAUAAAACACUUAAAGAAUUAAAUUUGGAGUCAGAUUUAACGGCUAGUGAAACUUUUGAAAAAUUAGAAACCUUUUUUGGUAAAAAAAAUCCAGAUGGUGUUAUUAAUAUUCUUCAAAAACUUUUGAUGCUUGCACAAUUAGCAGACGGUGUCGAUAUAAGACUUGCUUUGAACAAAUUUUUUGAUACGAUUGAGAAAUUAAAGGAUUUAAAAAUUAACUUGUAUGAGAAUAAUUUUCUUUUGAGCAAUAUUCUUCUUACUAUCUUACCGCCCAGUUUCAAAAAAUUAAAACUCAAACUCUUAUCUGAUGAUAAGCUGCCUGAUGUAACUCUUCUUGGGAUAAAAAUAUUGGAGUAUUACGAUAAAAUUUUGUUAUCUGAUGAAGACGAUGAUGAUACUGAAGAAGAAGAAGAAGAAGAAGGGGGUACGGAAAAAAAUUCUGAAGAAGAAAAAAUUAUUAAUAAGAAUAUUUCAGAAAUUAAAGAUCAAGAAAAUAAUUAUAAUGAUUCCGGAUACAAUGAAUCUUACUCUCCAGAAAUUUCGAAUAAUAAUAAUGAGCUUUUUAAAGCCAAUUAUGAAGCAGAACUUCCAAGUGGUAAUCAGUCUAUUGCUGAUUUACUCGAUCAAAUGUUAAAUAGAAGAGAAUAUAAAUCUCAGAAUGAUAAUUGUCAAAAUAGAUGUUUACUUCCGCAAAUUUUUGAUCAAGAGGAUUGUCAAAGUAACUGUUUACAAUCAACUGACCAAGAUAAAAAUCAUUUACGAUCUUUACUGAAAGCUGAGAAAACUAGUACAUCAGCUACACCCAAGAGAUGCAGCAUUUGUCGCGAAGAAGGACAUAACAAGAGAACUUGUGACAAAAAAUCACUUUCGACCAAGAUUUCAGCUACAAGUACACCCAAAAGAACAUACAAAUGUGGAUUGUGCGGUAAUGAAGGACAUAAUAGAACAACAUGCCCUAAAAAUAAAUCUGAAAGUGUAUCUAAAUCCAGCUCAUCAUCACCCUCGUCAUCGGAAACGCCAAAAAGAACUUACAAAUGCAGUAAUUGUAAAAAAGAAGGACACAACAUAACGACAUGUCCAGAAAAAAAUCUUGCCAGUGAAACUGUUACAUCUACUCCUAAACGGACGUACACAUGCAGUAACUGUGGGGAAGAAGGACACAAUAAGACGAGCUGUCUAAAAAAUAUUCAAACGGCUGUAUCUUCACUGGAAAAUUCAGCGUCAAGAUCUUAUUUAUGUGGAAUAUGCAAAAAUCCAGGCCACAAUCGUCAAACAUGUCCACUAAACGCUGCUUUAUUAAACGUAUCACCAAGUUCUUCCAAUCAACGGUCUUCAUUAUCUCCUGUCUCUAGCGGUACAAGAAGUUAUUCAUGCGGACUGUGUGGUGGCCAAGGCCAUAAUAAGACCACUUGUUCUCUGAAUUAUACAUCAUCGUCAAGAACAUCAUCAUCGUAUUCAUUCGGUGGUGGUAGUGGCGGGGGUGGUAGUAGUAAAAGAAGUUAUUCAUGUGGAACUUGCGGUGGUUCAGGUCAUAAUUCCAGAACCUGCAAUUAUUGAUAACUACAGCAAUGUGCAUAAUUCAUAAAACACUACUUAAACUUCAAUCUAUUUUUUUAUUUAAAUUACAAUUAAUUCACUUGUAUUGUGGAAUAAUUUGUGAAAAUAAAUUUUUUUGAUUUAAUUAAUA